AUGUACGGGCUCAUCAUCUUCUCGCUGUGCGCUGGGGCGGCUGUUUUCGCGGCUGAUGCCGCUAUUGAUGUUUCGCCCGGACAAAAGUUGAUCAGCAACUGGCGCGGAUCUCUGACCAGCGACAAUCACGAGCAGCUCGUCGCAAUUCUGAAUGGCAAGGGCUCGAUCAACGACAAGUUGGACAAGCUGGAGAAGCUUGCUGAGACUGAUGCCUCAAAGAAGAAGUUCUUCGAAGCCAAGUCGGCCAUCAACGGCAAGCUCACCGAGGCCAACAAGAUUGAGACUAGCCUCUCCGAUUCGGACAAGGCCCUGCUCGCCUCAUUCCGCACCGCCGAGGUGAAGCGCAACGAGGUGACGGCCGGCGCCAAGAAGGACAUUCUCGCCAAGCUGAAGCACAUCGUCUACCCGCUUAGCGCCGACGACAACGGUGAGAACGCCGCCAAGCGCGCGAAGCUCGAGAAGGCCAAGAAGGCGGCCACCAAAAAGCCU